GUGUGUGUGUUCGGGUCGCACAGUGCAAAUCCUGAUCUCAUUCAUUCGCCGCGCAAUCUCCAAUUACGCACAAAUAAUGCCAUUUACGCACAACUUUACCGCCCCUCCUCAGAGGAUCCAAAAAUGACAUCACGUUUUGCAAUUCCCACGUUCAGUCCAACAACUCAGUUCGCCUCCACGGAGCUUCUCUUCUCCUUGCAAUUUCCAGAUGCGGGCGCAGAAACUCAAAGAAACAACUGCUAGUUCAAAGUUGGAAUAAAGAUCACGGAUUAUAAAUUUCCUGCGUGGAAGUUGGACUUCAGAUUUUAUCAUGACAGGGCAACUUCUGAAGUUUUUCUGCCUCAUGUCAGAACUUUAAAUUCAAUCCUUUAUUUUAUUUUUAUUUUUUUUGUACUUUUAUCACUAUUUAUUCAUAUUCCUAAGUUUGGACACAUGGACUGAUCAGAAGUUUCGUCUUGGAACAAUGUGUGGCUCUUUCUGGAUUCAUCUUUAUGUGGGGAAUUAAGUUGUUUUACUAGCUAAUGCAUGUGGUUCAUUUCCAAAAAACUAUGGAAUUUUGUUUGCGAAUUCACCUUUUUACAGCUUUUAUUUCCUGCAUCAAGGUUUAUGCUCAAGUGGUGAAACCUGUGAAGCAUCCAGGCCUGCAGGUGUUGGCCACUGCCUCACAUUAUUGGCCUCUCGAUGCCGUGGACGGAAUCCAUGAACUGUGGGACCAGAUUGGAAACAGACCAGGUUAUAUUAACGGGACUAACAUAAACAUUGUUGAAGGAAUGGUCAACAAAGGCAUCUUUUUGGAUGGAGAUAACGGCGGCACCUUUCUUCACUUUGGAAACUACCAGAACUCUUGCAUUAGUGACCCUACUUUGUGUGGUCCUGAGGGCAUUACCUUCUCCUUUUUUUGGAAAAACCAUGAGGCCCAGUCCCGUUUUGCUGUAGCCUCUGGAGGAAAAGUUAUCUCCAACGGCUUCUCAGUCUUCACUAACCCCUUUGGAGGAUAUGUGGAGUUUUACACUCGAGGCAACAACCACAGAUGGAAGGCAGACAUCAAAGUUCCAGGGCCAUACUGGACACACAUUCUCUUCACAUGGACUAAGAAGGACGGUCUGAAGGUUUACAUCAAUGGGACCUUCACUGCUGGUGACACAGAUGGCAGCGUCUCUGACAACUAUGGAGACCCCUACCCCGACCUCGUCAUCGGCACGGGCAACAACAGGGCGUAUCGUCACUAUGUAACAGGGGCCUUCGAUGAAUUUGUCAUCUGGGAAAGGGCCCUUUCACCUAUACAGAUCUCUCACUACUACAAUGCAGCCAUAGGUCAAGCCAUUCUUUCUGUCACAACGCCCAGAGUCUCCAAACAAGCCACUUCAACGGCACCGACAGUCAGGGCCACUGAAGUGAGUCCUCCGGUCGUCAGCAGCCACCAAGAGGAGGUCCGGAGCUCGCAGGGACCGGAGUCAAUGCCAGACAUCGGGUUCCUGAAGGCGCUGCCCAACAGGACCAUUCCUCACAACACUGCCAACAACCUCACGCAGGCUUUUCUCAAAAGUGUGGAAGAAGUGCUGUCCUCUCCAGGAUUGCCGGAGCAGUCCACCCCUGUGGUCAGCGGUCUGAUCGAGACAGUGGACAGAGUGAUGGAACAUAUGGUGACUAACCUGGAGCCCAGCCCCAACUCCCUCAUCUCCCUGGGUGGAACAUCUUUUGUUGCAGAUUACUCCUUGAUGAAAUUCCCAGAGAACUUCAACCUGCUGCAUUACCGCUUCCCUACACAGGGCAAAAACUACAUCUCUGUGCCUGGAGAGGCCUUCACCAUGCAGUCUCAAACCACCAUCGUCGGCCUUUUCUACCACAACAUGCACAACUACUACAAAGAGAUCAGCCCUGUCAAGACCAGAAUUAAUGAAGCAGCUGAUUUCAAGGACCACAAGAUCCAGGUGGCGAGCUGCCUAAUCUCUCUGAAAGUGGAGCCUUUACCAGCCUUGUCGGUGAAUCUCUCUGGAGCGCCGCUCAUCAAGAUCGUCCUCACUCAUGUUUUGACCAAAGAACAGCAGGAUCAAGUGCUAAACCAGAGCAAUAAAGUCUUCCUCUACUGUGCCUUCUUGGACUACAGUUCUAAUGAGGGAGUGUGGUCCAAUGAAGGCUGCGUUCGCUCAGAAGGGAACAUGACCUAUUCUGUGUGUUUGUGCAACCACCUGACCAACUUUGCCAUCCUGAUGCAAGUCGUUCCCUUGAAGCUCACUACCGGCCACAGGGUGGCACUAUCAACCAUCGGUUAUGUUGGCUGCUCCAUUUCCAUCUUCUGUCUGGCCAUCACUCUGGUCACCUUUGCAGUCCUGUCGUCAGUGAGUACCAUCCGUAACCAACGCUACCACAUCCACGCCAACCUGUCCUUUGCCAUCCUGGUGGCUGAGAUCUUACUGCUCAUCAGCGCUCGCUUUGACCCGGGCACGCUGCCUUGUAAGGUCAUGGCUGUCCUCCUUCACUUCUUCUUUCUGAGUGCCUUCGCCUGGAUGCUGGUGGAGGGCCUCCACCUCUACAGUAUGGUGGUCAAGGUGUUCGGCUCUGAGGGCAGCAAACACUUCUACUACUAUGGUAUCGGCUGGGGUUCUCCAUUGGUCAUUUGUGUGGUGUCCAUGACGUCAGCUCUGGACAGUUACGGUGAAACUGACAACUGCUGGCUGUCGCUGAAGAACGGAGCCAUUUGGGCCUUUGUGGCACCAGCUCUUUUUGUCAUUGUGGUCAACAUUGGCAUUCUGAUAUCUGUGACCAGGAUCAUAUCUCGAAUCAGCGGAGAGAAUUACAAAGUUCACGGAGAUGCCAAUGCAGUCAAGCUGACUGCAAAGGCGGUGGCUGUGCUCCUGCCUAUACUGGGCAUCUCUUGGAUCUUUGGUGUUCUCGCUGUCAACACACACUCUCUGCCGUUCCUAUAUAUUUUUGCUGUAUUCAACUCAUUACAGGGGUUCUUUGUCUUCUUGUUUCACUGUCUUCUCAACUCUGAGGUCAGAGCUGCUUUCAAACACAAAACCAAGGUGUGGUCUCUUACCAGCAGCUCCAUCCGCAACAUCAAUGUGAAGCCCUUCAACUCUGACAUUAUGAAUGGAAACAAGGAGGGCGUGACACCGACCAAAUUGAACACAUGGGACAAAAGCACCAACUCAGCCAACCGUAUCGACCUCUCUGCUGUGUAGCGGGCCGGAUCACCGUUUCUGUUUGUGGCCGAAGAGCAAUCUGAAGCUCACUCAAGUGGAAUGGCAAACACUGGCCAGCUGUAUUCCCGUUAUGUAAUGAAUUGGACACUCAUCCACUCAAGUGAAAGCGAUACCAAAGGAGGCGCUCUGUAGCUGAACGAUAGCUUCACCUUUUAAAGACAAACAGACUCUUAGGACUGUGCCUUAUUAUUCUCACACAGAAACAUACUUACCACAAAUAAAAGCAGGAAUUUCAGAGGAGAAUUUUAGUGACAGAGAUCAAUGAGUGUGGUUCAGGCUCAGACAGUGAUGCUCUGUGUAUUAGAGGAACUCGAUUUGUCUGUUGCAUGACCUAUAAUGAACAUGUGCUUAUUUGCCUUCUUGCUGAAAGUUAGAUGGAAAAUAUUGAUGCAACUUUUAUGUCUGUGAAGAAUAUAAACUUAAAUGAAAAAGCUCGUAAACUGGGCACUAAGCUACCUUCAAACCAACCUUCAAAAAUCCUGCAAGCCAGUGUUAAAGACUGGUGGACAAUUAUGCAAAAGGGGCCAAUGCUAACUUCUGAUGCUACUUAAUUUUUCCAUGAAAGAAUAUUAGACCCAUUAAUAUUUUUGUCGAAUAAAUGAUUGGAAAAGCACAUUUACCUUCAUAAGUCGUGCCAGGUAUCACCUUUAUCUAUAGACCGUCUAUCAAAGAGGAUCAAAUGUUUGCUUGUCCAGAUAUUUUUUAAAAAGUCAACAAUUUCCAUGAGGUGGUUAGCAUAGCUUAGCACAAUGACUGGAAACAGGAGGCGAUAGCUGACCGCCCUCUGCCCAAAGUGAUAGAAUUCAACUACCAGCACCUCUAAAUCUGAUUAAUCAACACAUUACAUCUCAUUUAUUAAACAUGUACACUAAACAACGACUACAGAGUAGCAAGCCCUUUUUGCAGAACUAGUGCUAAGCUACUGCUGCUAGCUGUGGCGUCAUAUUUAGUAUACAGACAUGAGAGUGAAAGUGAUUUUUUUUCAUCUAACUCUU